GUGAAUGGAGGACGUGUGUCUGUGAAUACUGAGUGCGACGGCAAAGUCGUUUUAAUUCGGCUACUUAAAAUUAGUGCAUUGAUUACGUUUCACAUGAUAGAAUUUACCAAAAUAAAGCAAUUAAAACCGUAUAUAAAAGACGUUGUGACUUAAUAACAGUGCAAACAUCGCAAUGGGUAAAGCUAAGAAGGGAAAGAAACCGCAGAACGCCGAGGACGGCGACAGCGAUGUGGAAACCACUAACACCGAGAGCGUGAAACCUUCGCAAACUAAAGGGAAGAAAAUUACGGUAGAUUCAGAUGAGAGUGACGAUGAGAAGCCCAAAGCCAAAGCAAAGCACAAGAAGUCAGUAGACGAAGAUGUCAAGGAGGUCACAAAGAAUAUUAAAAAUGUUUCAAUAUCUAAGAAGUCUCAAAAGAAGAAAGUUGAAGCCAGCAGUGAAGAUGAGUCUGACGAUGAACCACUACCAAAAUCAGGCAAAGGAAAGAAGGCAGCAGAUAAAAGUGCUUUCUCCUUCUUGGAAAUAGAGGAUUCGGCCGAGUCAUUACCUGAUGUUGCUAUUUCAUCCGAUGAUGAAAAACCUCAGAAGCCACAGAAAAAAGCUCAAGAAAAAAAAGAACCCGCCGGCAAGAAAGGUAAAAAAGCCAAAAGGAAGAAGGAUGAUAGUGAUGAUGACUUAGAGAAGGUACUUGCUGAACUAGAAAUGGAAUAUGCUGGAGUUAAGAAGGAACCUACACCACCCACUGAAGGAGAAAAACCGACUGAGCCUGUUGAAGAGAAACCUAAAUCCAAAAAAAAGGGUAAAAAAGAGGAAACCAAAGUAGAGCCUGAAGAUGAAAAAGAAGGAAGUGAUAAUGAACUUGAUGUGACAGUCAAGACUGCUGCUCAGAAAAAGAAGGAAAAAAAAGAAAGGGAAAAACAGAAAAAACUAGAAGCCAAGAAAAAGGAACAGGAAGGCAAAAAGGAUGAACCUAAAGCGGAAGUUAAAGGUGAAAAGAAGGAAGAAGUUAAGACUGAGGAACCAGGUAAGGCACCAUCUGAAGAAAAAGAAGAUGCAGACACCCCUGCUACAGACGGUAAAAAGAAGAAGAAAGGUAAAGGCAAAGAUGAAAAAGAGGAAAAAGAUGAUAAAGGUAAAAAAGGUCCUGCUAAAAAAACUAUUGCUGCUAUGCAGGAAGCUCUUAAGAAAAUUAAAGAGGAGGAGGAGCGUUUAAAGAAAGAAGAAGAAGAAAGAAUAAAACAGGACGAGGAACGUGAGCGGCAAAGACUUGAAGCUAUUAGAUUAGAAAAAGAACGCAAAGAAAGGAAAAAACAGAAAGAAAAGGAUCGCAAAGAGCGUCUUAAAGCCGAAGGGAAACUGCUAACACCUAAACAGAAGGCAGAGAAAGCUAGAGCUCAAGCUAUGCUGGAGUCUCUGAAAGCACAGGGUAUUGAAGUAGGUGGGUCGGAGAAGAAGCCACCAAGGCCAGGCACGAGAGUUAAACCUACAAAGCUCAAGAGUCAGAUAUCGCAGGAUACUCCGUCGACGCCGCAGGAGGAGAAGAAAGUUGAAUUGGAGAUUGUAGAUAAAAAGGAGGAACCUAAAAAGCAGGAAAAGAAAGAAGAAGAAGAAGGCAUCAAAGACUCAUGGGACGCGGAGUCCUCCGAAGAGGAACCGGAGCCCGAACCGCAGCCCGAGCCCGCCAAGCCUGCACCCCCCACCCCCGCUAAGGAAAAAACACCGGCCAAGAAGGUGGAAGACGAAGAAAGCUCUUCAGAGGAAGAAGACAGUUCAGAUGAAGACUCCAGCUCUGAAGAGGAUUCUGAUGAUGAAGGGAUGACUGAUGCACAGAAAAAGAGAGAGCUUAUCUUGAAGAGAUUAGAGAAACGCAAAGAAGAGAACGAGUUAAACAAACAGAACAACCCUCUCCGCGCGGCCGUGGUCUGCGUACUCGGACACGUCGACACCGGAAAAACUAAAAUUCUGGACAAACUGCGUCGAACCAAUGUCCAAGAUGGCGAAGCUGGGGGCAUCACACAACAGAUAGGCGCUACUAAUGUACCUAUUGAGAAUAUUAAGGAGCAAACUAGACAUGUUAAAGGGGUUACCGAGAUUGCCUUCAAACUUCCCGGCCUGCUCAUCAUCGACACCCCCGGCCACGAGUCCUUCAGCAAUCUGAGGAAUAGAGGCUCUUCGCUCUGCGAUAUCGCCAUCUUGGUGGUAGACAUUAUGCACGGUCUAGAGCCCCAAACAAUAGAGUCCAUAAACCUACUGAAACAAAAGAAGACUCCCUUCAUAGUAGCCCUCAACAAAAUAGAUCGUCUAUACGACUGGCAAAGUGCUCAACGUAAAGACGUUCGAGAUAUAUUGAAAAUGCAGGCGACCAACACACAGAUCGAGUUUGAGAAGCGAAGCAAGGAUGUUAUGCUGCAGUUUUCUGAACAGGGUCUGAACGCUGCACUGUUCUAUGAAAACCCAGACCCCCGUUCAUACGUGUCUCUGGUCCCCACUUCAGCGGUGACGGGGGAGGGCAUGGGUAACCUUCUGGCGAUGAUAGUGCAAGCAUGCGAAGGACCCCUGCAUAAAAGACUGGUGUUUUCGCAACAACUAUUAGCUACAGUGCUUGAGGUGAAAGCGAUCCCCGGUCUCGGAACGACGAUCGACACGAUUCUCAUCAACGGAACCCUGCGGGAAGGCGACACUAUGAUUCUCGCGGGCACAGAUGGACCAAUCGUGACGCAGAUCCGAUCGCUGCUCAUGCCGCAACCCAUGAAGGAAUUGAGAGUCAAGAACGCGUAUAUGGAGUACAAGGAAGUAGUGGGCGCGCAGGGAGUCAAAAUCGCCGCCAAGGAACUUGAAAAGGCCAUCGCGGGUUUGAAUCUGCUCGUGGCACAGAAACCAGACGAGAUCGACGUCUUGAAGGAAGAAGUAGCCCGUGAGUUGAAAUCCGCUCUAUCAUCGAUAAAGCUGUCUGAGCGCGGUGUGUACGUGCAAGCGUCCACACUGGGCUCGCUAGAGGCGCUGUUAGAGUUCCUGCGGACCAGCAAGAUUCCUUACUCAGCCAUCAGAAUAGGACCGGUGGUCAAACGUGACGUCAUGAAAGCAUCCGCCAUGUUGGAACAUGACUCGCAGUGGGCCACCAUACUAGCGUUCGAUGUAAAGAUCGAACGCGACGCACAAGAAAUGGCAGACAAUCUCGGCGUGAAGAUAUUCGCCGCCGACAUCAUCUACCAUCUGUUCGACAAGUUCAUCGCUUACAGGGACGAACUGAAACAGAAGAAGCGAGAGGAGUUUAAACAUAUAGCUGUGUUCCCAUGCAAAAUACGGGUGUUACCGCAGUUCGUGUUCAACUCUCGCGACCCCAUCGUGUGCGGGGUGAUGGUGGAGGCGGGCAUCGUCAAGGAGGGGACUCCGAUUUGCGUUCCAAGCCAAGAGUUCGUGGAGCUCGGCAUCGUGACAUCAAUAGAAAGUAACCACAAGCAAGUGGAAACGGCGCGAAAGGGCCAAGAAGUCUGCAUCAAAAUCGAACCGAUACCGGGCGAGUCGCCCAAAAUGUUCGGUCGGCACUUCGACGAGACGGACAUGCUAGUCAGCAAGAUUUCGCGCGCAAGUAUUGACGCUUGCAAGGAUUACUUCCGCGACGACCUCAUCAAGACCGACUGGCAGCUCAUGGUGGAGCUCAAGAAACUCUUCCAGAUCCUCUAGACCUUCGGACAGAGCUCACACCCUCGGUAGACCUUAACAAACAACAGAGCUCUCGGAGUAAGGCGCUACGUUGACGGUCUUAUCGUUUGAUCCAUCUACUCCGUUCGCAAAAUCCUCUUUUUACUGCACCGGUCAAACUUAUGCGGGUUACUGUAGACUGUUGUAUUGAAUAACUGAUACAAACAUAUACCUAGUAUGUCUGCGUGAUAAUGAUAACUAUUGGAAGCACGACUAAAAAUGGUGCAUGGACCCUGGAACUAUAGAAAUCGGAAAUAAUGUGUGCUUACAUAUUCUGAUCUGUUUUUGAAAAGGCUAAAGGUCUCCCCUAACCUAUCGACGCGGAAUCGGCAAUAGACGAUAGAAAAAGCUUUAUAUGUACAUACAUACAUAUCAUCAUCAUCAUCAUCAUGUCAGCCGAUAGACGUCCACUGCUGGACAUAGGCCUCCCCCAAGGCUCGCCACUCCGACCGAUCCUGUGCCGCUCGCAACCACCGAAUUCCCGCGACUUUCACCAGGUCGUCGCUCCAUCUCGUUGGAGGCCUACCGGCAGUUCGUCUUCCGGUACGCGGACGCCACUCCAGAACCUUCCGGCCCCACCGGCCAUCAGUUCUGCGAGCAAUGUGCCCCGCCCACUGCCACUUAAGGUAUACAUUAGGCACUUAUACAUACAUAUAAUCACGUCUAUUCCACGGAGGGGUAGGCAGAGACCACGGAUUUCCACUUGCUACGAUCCUGACUGUCCAUAAUAUUCCUCAUAAAAGUGCGCCUUUCCUCAGGAUUUCCCAGAUCUGAUCAGAGAAAGUCCGCCGAGGUCGACCCCUUCCAACUCCCGUUUCUACCUCUCUCUUAUACACUCUCCUUGUUAGCCUUCUUUCACUCAUUCUAUCCACGUGUCCAAACCAUCUCAACGUACCUUUCUUAAUUUUUGUCACUACAUCUUCAGUCCACACUUUUCCCUUAUCACACUGUUCACACUGUCAUCACACUGUUCGAGACAUCUUGUUGCGUGGACAUAAAGCUUUUUUCUAUAGGCUUUUGACAUUUACGCGUGAUAUAUGCGGGGAGACCCUAAGACUAACGGUUGUGGCUUGACUCGUGAAAUCAGAAAACUGUUGCCUGUGGUUUGAUUGUUUCAGUUGAAUAAGUCCACCGUAUCCGUUGUAUCAUAGAAUCUCAACUUACAUAGCAACCCAUCCCGUACUAUAGCGAUUUCAAUUUUCGUGUCGGAACCUUUUUAUUUUCUUUAUUAAAAUUGUUAGCCUAUUUAAAAUUUAAUUUGGGCAAUUUAAAAUAUGUCCCUCAUUAUUAAAAUUUAGUUUCUGGUUUGUCACGCAAGUAAAGAUUAUACAAAAACGUGACGUAACGGAAAAGACGAUUUGGGACAAUCUUAUUAUCAAGAUGGAAAGCGUUAAGAAUUAUAUGUAUGAGAAAUAAAAAACUAAGUUCUGAAAUCCAAAGUUUUUCGAAAAAAAAAUUGAAAUAGCUCAUUUACAUAGACGUAAGGUACAAAAUUGGAACAUAUAGGUACAUUGUUUUAUAAUUUAUUUACUCCCAUUUAACAUUAAUAACAUUGAAACAUCGUGUUGUGGUUAUUGUAAAUAUAAAUGAGACAUUUAUGAUACAUACAUCAUAUUUUAUUUAUUAGCCGCGUUUUCAGCCUUUGGUAUUUUUAUUUCUGAACGUGAAUAUGUGUUGACUCGGAUUUUUUUAUUUUUUUUUAUUUUAACAAUGAAGUCUGUUGAAUAACUUGUGGUUUUAGGGUUGGGUAUUUCGACCUAACUAUAGUACACCUGACUAUAGUACAAAAAAUUCCAAAUAUUGUCCAAAAUUGUCUCGAAAAUCUUCGUUCAGGUAAGUUAUUUGAAUUUCGCAAUUCUAAGACAAAACAUUUUCACAAAAGGAUGAAAAAAAAACUCAGGCAAAACCAAAAAGAAGGUUGGUAAUGAUUCUUUAUAGAACUUGUGGACCAUAGGUUGGUACUGGACUAUAGUCGGGUGCAUUACGGUACCUGUUAACCGCAUCAUAAUGACCAUGGUAGGUAUACCUUAUCUUGUUGCAAAUGGUUUGACAAUCCCAUAAUAAUGGCCCGAUUUUACAUGAAAAUGCCCUCGUACUUUUCAUUUACCUGUGUCAUUUUAUUGGUUUGCAGAAAAUUGUUUCAUAGAAUAUAUUGUUUCGCAGAAUUUUCAUUUCACAGAAAACAUAUUUUUUUUACAAGGGGUCGCAGUUUCAACCUAACCUAACCUUCUUUUCUGUUAGAGCCAAUGGGUUCUACAAAAUUUAGCUUUUAGCUGUACCUAAAAUGUUAACGGGUUAAAAAAAAAAGGUUUCUAUGAAAUGAAAAUUCUGCGAAACAUUACAUUCUAUGAAACAAUUGUCGAUGAAAGAAGAGGUCACCCAUUUUAUUGCAUGUGUGUUUUUGUAAAAUCCCCUGUAUAUAUCCAAUAUAAAUGUUACAAUAAUUAAAAAGCGAUCUUAUGAAGUGUCUGAUCAUAAUUUAUUUCGAGUAAAGUGCAAUACGCGAUCUCAUCGUCAUAUUGUUUUUGUCUGGCAAAAUCUUUUCUGGGUAGUUGUACGCUACACUUUUUCAAUUUUUGGAAUUUGUAUAUUAUUUUUAUUCAGAAUCACGAGCGUUUUCGAUGCUAUUAGGAAAGAAAAGUCUCCCAAAAUUUCCGUACAUUUUUCGAACCUUCCAUUCCGUUGCCGUCAUACAAAAUAUAUAAGAAAUUGUAACAAAAUGGUAGUAAAACUCUUUGGUAUCUUUGUUUUUCCUAUUUGGAUUGAAGGAGCUCGUUAUUCUGAUUAGAAAUAACAUAAAAAUGUCCAAAUUGAAUACGAAAGUGUAUUGUAAAAAAUGUCCCUUCUACGGUGCCUCUGAUUCUAACGUAGUGCCAGUUUUAUAAAUCGAUGUCUAUUUAUAAAGAUACCUAUGAUUAAGUAUAUAGAUGGGGAGUUGAGCGUUUUCAAAAAAAAUACUGAAAUCCUAAAUCUUACAAAUCUGCGGCCGUAGCACGGUCGCAUUUUAAUCACCUGUGCCUGUCACGUUCUAACAUGUAAGUGCGAAAGUGACAGGUGAUAAAAAUGGAUCCAUGCUGCCACCGUGCACCGCUGGACUUUCUUGGACUCAUUCUACUCAGAAUCGCCACCAUUCUCUAUCCUACCCUUAAAAAAAGAUGUUACAUUACGUUACCUGAAAAAAAUUUUUUUUCACUUAUAGUACGUGAGAUACUAAAAUUUCCAUACAAAUUUUUGGUAGAUUUUUUUAGCAUCAGGAUCAAAUAUGCUAGUGUGUGUUGGAAAAACCAAAAAAGAUCAGGAUACAGAUCCUGAUCAGGAUUUCAGUAUUUUUCUUGGAAAACGCUCAAAUUGUUGGUAAAAAAACGAGUUCUAAGUCUGAAUUUGAAAAACUUGAUUUAGUUUUACUACACUACGAUUGAGUUGUUGGACUCGGGUGUUUUUUGAAAUGUAUCUCAGGGCGGCCGCGGGUGCCAUUGUGGGGUAAAAUCCGUCGCACCGCGUCCGCGCCAGUUAGCGUUGCUAAUAUUAUUUUUCGUUAACCCGCUUCGUGCAACCGCGGCAGCUAGUGGUUGCCCUCAGUCUUGAGUCUUGAGACCUAGAGUUAAAUACUUUAUCUAAAUGUAUGUCUAGCUCUUUUUUGAAGGUUGGUCUUUCUAUUAAACUAUGUUUUCCAAUAUUUUAAUAAAUCAUAUAAAGAUAAACGCAAUUGAGUUUUAACUAGAAGUUAGACUGAAUAAAGUUACAGUAUAAAACACUAAGUCGAGUUUUAAAGACUCUUAAAACUUGAGUCUUUGCCAACGCCAGGCGAGCACUGUCAAGUGGCAAUGAAGUAUAGGAGGUAAAGGUCGCCUAUUGCGAUGGAGUUCGUCUGAGCUAACAUAUAUACAGGUAACAUAUAAUAUAUGUGGCUUUCCAUAGAGAUUCUUAUGUUUCAUGUCCAUAAGGAGACUGAUGGAAAGGUCCUUAUGCACAUGAUUCUCAUGAAACCAGUAUGGAAAGCCACAUAUAUAUAUAUGAAAUGACAGUGCGGAGAUGCCACCAUAAAUGUCAGUUCAGUUUUCUUCAAAAAUGGCUUCCAUCAAAUGUAUGAUGACUUCGCCAAAGUCAAAGUGUGCUCGUAGAGCGUGACGUUGUUCGUUAGUUGCUUUCAGUAAAGUGAUAGUUGGACUUUAUAAACAGCCAAGAUAGAUUGCAGGAUGUUGACUGAAGAAUCGUUAAUCGCGUUUCCAGAUUAUUGUUCAUUGGCCAAGUUAGUUUGCAUAAUAAACUAUAAAUAUUACACUUUCAGCUACAUUAAUGAGCAAGGAACUAAAUAAUAUUCUUCAGACGACUUGCCAUUUUGAAGUUGAAACGUCAUAUUUUCGUAGAUUUGGCGUUUAUGGUGGCCCUCCCACACUCAGUCACUCCAGUCUAUGAAUUAGCUUAGUCGAGCGUUUUCUAAAAAAAAACUGAUUCUCACAAAUCCUGAUCUUUUUGGGUUAUUCCUACUCAGAAUCAUUAGCAUUCAAUCUUGAUGCAAUAAAAUGUCCCAAAAAUUUGUAUGGAAAUUUUAGUUUCCACUACGUCACGUACACACAAUUUCACACUAAAAUGUGACGUAAUGGGACGAACAUUUAUAGUUUUAUUGUGCUAGGAUCAAGGAUGGAGAAUGCUGACGAUUCUGAGUAGAAUGAGCCCAAGAAAGACUUGAUUUGUAAGAAUCAAGUUUCAGCCAAUUUUUUUAGAAAACGCCCAGUCCCACUACUUGUCUCUCUAGGAACAGGGAAAAUAAUGGUACAGAGGUUGUAUUAUUCAUGUAGGUAUUUCCCUUUUUAAAAUGCUUUGUAUUAUAUAGAUGGAAUCGGACAUAUUCUUAUAUUGAAGAUAUUAUAUUAAAUUAUGAAAAUUA